UAUUUCAAAUACUUGAGAUCUAAUUACGGACACCUUUGGAUUUAGUUUUUGUGAUUAAAAUUAGUGUGGGACCUUAACAUAGCACCUAUAUUUAUUUUAACGAUCCGACGAUGGAAACUGAAAUCUGCCAGCUGAUCAAGGGUUAAGGACUCUGCCACAACUGCUGUCCAGGCCGAACUGAGUAAUGUGCAUACGUGACUGCAAUGUGUUCGUGGGGAGGGGACUGUGUCAGUGUGUUGGUGCUGCUGGGCACUGGCAAAGCGCAGGUAGGAAAUGAUAUGACAAGUGAUGGUGCUGUUACGUUUUGGAUAUUUUUGCUUUGUUUGAUCGCCUCGCCGCACCUGCAAGGGGGCGUGGCCGGGAGGCCCGAUGAGCUGCACAUCGGCGGCAUCUUUCCGAUAGCCGGCAAAGGAGGAUGGCAGGGCGGACAGGCGUGCAUGCCUGCCGCAAGACUGGCGUUGGAUGAUGUCAACAAGCAGCCGAAUCUGCUGCCGGGCUUCAAGCUCAUCCUGCACAGCAACGACAGCGAGUGUGAGCCCGGUUUGGGAGCCAGCGUGAUGUACAAUCUGCUCUAUAAUAAGCCGCAAAAGCUGAUGCUGCUGGCAGGAUGCAGCACGGUCUGCACCACUGUAGCCGAGGCUGCCAAAAUGUGGAAUCUAAUUGUGCUCUGCUACGGAGCCUCGAGUCCGGCUCUGUCGGAUCGCAAGCGGUUUCCCACUCUAUUCCGCACCCAUCCAUCGGCCACGGUGCACAAUCCCACGCGCAUCAAGCUGAUGAAGAAGUUCGGCUGGUCACGCGUGGCCAUUCUACAACAGGCCGAAGAGGUCUUUAUAUCGACCGUGGAGGAUCUCGAGAAUCGAUGCAUGGAGGCUGGCGUUGAAAUCGUAACUAGACAAUCAUUUCUAUCCGAUCCAACAGACGCCGUGCGCAAUUUGCGACGCCAGGAUGCACGCAUCAUUGUGGGACUCUUCUACGUGGUGGCCGCCAGGAGGGUUCUCUGCGAGAUGUACAAGCAGCAGCUGUAUGGUCGAGCUCAUGUAUGGUUCUUCAUUGGCUGGUACGAAGACAACUGGUACGAGGUCAAUCUGAAGGCAGAGGGCAUCACCUGCACUGUUGAGCAAAUGCGCAUAGCUGCCGAGGGACAUCUGACGACAGAAGCUCUCAUGUGGAAUCAGAACAAUCAGACAACUAUAUCCGGAAUGACUGCAGAGGAAUUUCGACAUCGACUGAAUCAGGCGCUAAUCGAAGAGGGUUACGACAUCAAUCACGAUCGCUAUCCGGAGGGCUAUCAGGAGGCACCCCUUGCCUACGAUGCAGUGUGGAGUGUGGCUUUGGCCUUUAACAAAACCAUGGAACGAUUGACGAGCGGAAAGAAAUCUCUGAGGGACUUUACCUAUACGGACAAGGAAAUUGCCGAUGAAAUAUACGCUGCCAUGAACUCCACACAGUUUCUGGGUGUAUCUGGCGUGGUGGCAUUCAGUUCUCAGGGCGAUCGUAUUGCUCUUACUCAGAUCGAACAGAUGAUAGACGGCAAGUACGAGAAAUUGGGUUACUACGAUACUCAGUUGGAUAACCUAUCCUGGUUGAAUACUGAACAGUGGAUUGGUGGCAAGGUUCCUCAAGAUCGCACAAUUGUCACCCAUGUUCUACGCACUGUGUCCUUGCCAUUAUUUGUGUGCAUGUGCACAAUAUCCAGUUGUGGCAUAUUCGUUGCCUUCGCCUUGAUCAUCUUUAAUAUAUGGAAUAAGCAUAGAAGAGUAAUACAAUCCUCGCAUCCCGUUUGCAAUACGAUCAUGUUAUUUGGUGUCAUCAUCUGUCUAAUAUCUGUCAUCUUACUGGGUAUCGACGGACGCUUUGUCAGCCCCGAGGAAUAUCCACAGAUAUGUCAAGCGAGGGCUUGGUUACUAUCCACCGGUUUUACACUAGCAUACGGUGCUAUGUUCAGCAAGGUCUGGCGUGUGCAUCGCUUUACAACAAAAGCAAAAACUGACCCAAAGAAAAAAGUGGAACCUUGGAAGCUAUACACCAUGGUUUCGGGGCUCUUAUCAAUAGAUUUAGUGAUAUUACUCUCAUGGCAGAUCUUUGAUCCGCUGCAGCGUUAUCUCGAAACAUUCCCACUCGAAGAUCCAGUAUCUACUACUGAUGAUAUUAAAAUACGUCCAGAGCUUGAGCAUUGUGAAAGUCAACGCAACUCCAUGUGGUUGGGUCUUGUAUAUGGCUUCAAGGGGCUAAUCCUGGUGUUUGGUCUGUUUUUGGCCUACGAGACACGCUCCAUUAAAGUGAAACAGAUCAACGAUUCGCGUUAUGUGGGCAUGAGCAUCUACAACGUGGUGGUCCUCUGCCUGAUAACUGCUCCGGUGGGCAUGGUCAUUGCAUCGCAACAGGACGCGUCCUUUGCCUUCGUUGCUCUAGCUGUGAUAUUCUGUUGUUUCCUAAGCAUGCUGCUGAUAUUUGUGCCAAAGGUCAUUGAGGUCAUACGUCAUCCCAAGGAUAAGGCCGAAUCGAAAUACAAUCCCGAUUCAGCCAUUUCGAAGGAGGAUGAAGAACGCUAUCAGAAAAUUGUUACAGAAAACGAGGAAUUGCAACGAUUAAUAACACAGAAGGAGGAGAAGAUUCGAGUCCUGCGACAGCGGCUGGUGGAGCGGGGCGACGCCAAGGGCACAGAACUGAAUGGUGCAACAGGUGCCGCCCCCGCAGGUGCCGUGGCGACAACUUCGCAGCCCGCCUCCCUCAUCAACUCAUCCGCACAUGCCACGCCUGCAGCCACACUCGCAAUCACACAAGAAAUCUUAGCUCUAUUCGUGGGCAUUGACACAAUUGAUUAGGAACAACCAAUAAAUGGAGUUCAAAGAUACUCAUGAGCAUCGUACAUGAAAAAACUUGUCAAUUUCCUUUGCGUGAUAGGUGAAUUAUACAAAAGAUAUGAAAUGCAAA